AUGGCAGAGCAACUUUGGAGCUCCAUUGAGAGAAAAUGCCUGCACCUUCUCCAACAAACAAACACAAGAGCCUCUCUCCUCCAAAUCCACGCUUUCAUUCUCCGGAACGCCCUCGAAACCAAUGUCAAUCUUCUCACCAAGUUCAUCGCCACCUGCACUUCGCUUCCCCUUUCAUCCUUCCAAGACUCGCUUGCUUUGCUCAAUCACGCCCGCAAAGUGUUCGACAGAAGGCCCCAGAGAGACGACUCGUUCCUUUGUAACUGCAUGAUCAAAGCCCACAUGGGUUUGCGGCAGUUUGCCGAAUCUUUUGCUCUUUAUAGAGAUCUUAGGAGAGGAACAUGUUUUGUUCCUAAUAACUAUACGUUUGUCGUGUUGGUGAAGUCUUGUGGUUUGAAUGUGGCGAUUAAGGAAGGUCAGGAGAUACGUUGUCAUGUUUUAAAGACGGGGUUCUGCUCGGAUUUGUAUGUGGGAACAGCAUUGGUUGAUAUGUAUGCGAAGUUUGGGGAGACGGGUUACGCGAGAAUGUUGUUCGACGAAAUGAGUGCAAGAAGCCAAGUGUCGUGGACAGCGCUCAUUUGCGGAUAUGUUAGAUCGAGAGAUAUGAUUAACGCAAGGAAGCUUUUCGAUGAGAUGCCUGAGAAAGACUCGGCUAUAUAUAAUGCAAUGAUUGAUGGUUAUGCAAAAUUGGGGGAUAUUGGCUCUGCUCGAGAUUUGUUCGAGGAGAUGAAAGAUAGGAAUUUGGUGUCCUGGACAAGUAUGAUUUAUGGAUAUUGUCAUUGUGGUGAUUUACUUUCUGCUAGAUCUCUAUUUGAUGCCAUGCCUGAGAAGAACCUUAUUUCUUGGAAUACAAUGAUAAGUGGAUAUUGUCAAAACAAUCAACCCCUUGAAGCCCUGAAAUUAUUUCGUGAAAUGCAGGAUUCAACAUUGUUGGAACCAAAUGAAGUAACCAUAGUAAGCAUUCUUCCAGCAAUUGCGGAUUUGGGUGCCCUGGAUUUAGGUUGUUGGAUUCACCAGUUUGUUCAAAAGAAAAGGUUUGAUGGGUUAGUCAAGAUAUGCACUGCGCUAAUAGAUAUGUACGCAAAAUGUGGGGAAGUCGAAAAGGCCAAAACAAUUUUUGAUGAGAUGCCCGAAAAGGAAAUAGCUUCUUGGAAUGCUUUGAUAAAUGGUUUUGCAGUGAAUGGCCGUGGUGAGGAAGCAUUGCAGCUGUUCUCAGAGAUGCAAGACAAAAAUCCUAAGCCAAAUGACAUAACAAUGCUUGGUGUUUUAUCGGCAUCUAACCACAGUGGCUUAGUAGAGGAAGGGAGGAGAUGUUUUAAAGCUAUGGAAGGAUUUGGGCUUAUCCCGCAGAUUGAACACUAUGGUUGUAUGGUAGAUCUUUUGGGGAAAGCAGGAUGCUUGGAGGAAGCGGAAAAUUUGAUAAAGAGCAUGCCUUUCGAGGCUAACGGGAUAAUUUUGAGUUCUUUUCUUUCUGCUUGUAGUUCUUUCAAGGAUGUCAAUAGAGCUAAGAAAUUUUUGAAAAAUGCAGUCAAAUUGGAGCCCGGGAAUGAUGGGAACUACAUUACGGUGAGAAAUUUGUAUGCCAUGGAGAGGAGGUGGAGUGAUGCAGAGGAAAUUAAGAGGUUAAUGAGAAAGAAUGGAGCAAACAAGGAGGUCGGUUGUAGUGUCAUUGAGAUGGAUGGUAAAAUCUGGGAAUUUGUUUCUGGAAACAAUUUGCAUCCUUACUGGGACUCUGUAUGCUUAACCUUGGGACAAUUAUGCAAGCACGUGAAAGGAGACAUAACUUGAUGAAUUUAGGGAAAAUAUGUUUGUAAAAAAGAGUUCUGAUUACAUUUUGCUAAUAACUCAGUCUCUGCUCCGCAUAUUAUCCUAGAAUUCACAAUUUUGUUGUAAUUUUCCGCCAACCAUCCGAUGCCAUCUUUAACAAUUUAAUCAGCUUCUAAAAGGUAUAAUA